CGGAAGGCAACAGCCGACUGUCUCGUCAAGGCGCUCCACAAACAAGGCGGGUGCGGCCUGGUUGGCCAUGGCUUGAGGGUUGAAGCCAUCCGCGAGGCUCUCGCUCGGUCGAGGCAGUUCUUUGAUCUGCCUCUGGAUCAGAAACAAACAAUCAACCACCCCGAUGGGAUUGUGCCGCACCGUGGGUACUCGGGCGUGUCUAGAGAGAAGAUACGCAUCUACACGGAGGAAGAGCUGCAGACAAUGUCUGGCGAGUUGGGGACAAUGGCGAAGAAGGCGAUGGAUUGGAAAGAACACUACGACAUUGGAAGCGACUGCGAGCCCGUCCACCAGAACCGUUGGAUAGACGAGUCCCUCCUGCCCGGCUUCCAACCCUUCAUGUCGGACUUCAUCACGCAGCUCGAGCAGUUACACACUAACGUGCUCAACGCAAUCCUGCUUGGCCUCGAAGUCGACCCUGUCUCCGGCGACUACUUCCGCGCGCUACACACAGCACACGCAUCUGGAAUCCGCCUCCUGCACUACCCAUCCAUGCGCGAGUCCGAGAUCGACCGCACAAGCACAACCUGGUGUCCCGUGCACACGGACUUUACGACAUUCACCUUCCUCAUCCAGGACCAGAAUCAGGGCCUGGAAAUCGAGGACCGCACGAGCAAGUUUCCCAACGCGUUUGUCGCUGCGGAUCCUAGCAUUGAGGACCGCCUGUGGCUGACAAUGGGCGAUCUCGGCGAGAUCUGGACGAAUGGGUACUUACCAGCUUCGAGACAUAGGGUUAUCAUCCCGGCGCCUGUGCCCGGAUCCCGGUCGGAUAUGACCUCCAAUAGGUAUUCGAUUCCGUACUUUGUAAACCCA